AUGAGGGUCGGCAACAAGCCACCGCCGGGAUUUCGGGGUCCGAGUCCCGAAGGGGGUUCCCGGGGGACUUCGCCCCUAGUGGUUUCCCUCUCUGGGGGAACUGUCACCUUGUCGUCGGUGAGAGGGCUCAGUAACCUACAGCCAGGGAGCAAUGCCGGCGGUAGCAUAGCUACCGGUAGAGCGACCCAUGCCGUAUAUGCCCCUACAUGCUCUGCACUCGAUGAUGAGAUAGAGAGAUUCUACGAUGACAUUUCACAAGCGCUGACAAUAGAAACAGCACACUACAAAUACAAUAUUGGCGAUUUCAAUGCUAAACUAGGAGUACCAGCGGGAAACGGAAAUCAAUAUGUGGGUAAAUUCGGACUGGGUUGUACCAACGAAAGAGGAGAAAGACUGAUCAAUUAUCUCCAAAAAGAAACGGACAGUAAAGAUUUAAUGGAUAUCGUGGAAAAUUUCUACAGCACACUGUACACAGGAGUCAACCCAGAACAAGCAAUCGGAGUUGAUGAAACGAUUCUCAAUGUAGGCUCCGAAGAUCUUCCUGACAUUACCAGAGAAGAAGUAGAACUAGCAUUGUCUCAAAAGAAAAACGGUAAAGCACCAGGGGAAGAUGGAAUUAUAGCUAAAAUGAUAAAACUUGGGGGAAGAACUACUGUAGAAGCAAUGACAAUUCUUCUUAAUAAAUGUAUGACAGAAGGCGUGAUACCCCAAGCAUGGCAAAAGGCCCAGGUGGUGUCCCCUUGCACCAUCUCCCCAAAGCUGUUUACACUGGCACUGGAAGACGUUUUUAAAACUCUGGACUGGAACGAGAGAGGCAUCAAAAUCGACGGCAAACAUCUGAGCCAUUUACGCUUUGCGGAUGAUAUAGUACUCUUUAGCCAGAAUAUAAUAGAAUUACAGGACAUGUUGGCAGAACUUCAAAGAGAAUCGAAAAGAAUAGGUUUAACCAUGAAUUUAAAUAAAACAAAAGUCAUGUCACCUGACAAUAUUCAAGUACAUAUAGAAGACCGAAUUAUUGACAACGUCGAAGAAUAUGUAUAUUUGGGACAUUGCAUUAAAUUGGGCAAAGAAAAUCAAACUGCCGAAAUAAAUAGACGUGUUCGUUUGACAUGGGCAGCCACGGGUAAACUCUCACACGUCUUGAGAAAUGAAACUAUUCCAAUUAAUUUGAAAAGAAAGGUCUUCAAUGCCUGCUUACUGCCCGUGAUGACUUACGGAAUGGAAACCAUGACACUCACUGUUAAAUCAGCUAACAAGCUUAGGACCACCCAAAGAGCCAUAGAGCGGAUGAUGCUAGGAAUAAGCCUGAGAGACCAUAUAACAAAUGAGAGUAUUAGACAAAGAACUCUAAAGUUGAAGACGUCAUAA